CUGCUGGGUGUGCGUAUGGUCCUCAAGUAUUUCUGACAAGAUUAGCUGGUUUUUCAAGUUUUACUGUAUGGCUCAUUGUAAAUCUGCUAUGUCUGUUUCAUAUGGAUAAUAACAAGCUUUGGUGAAGCACAAGGAAAUGCUUUCUCGUGCCUGUUUAGAACAAGUGAAUUAGUUACGUUAAGAUUCAGUAACAAUGAAGAUUGUGUUCUACACGACCUAAUUAUGUCAUCAAAGACAGAAAUAAUCAACUUUUCCUUCCUAUCGGAACAAGAAAAGAAAAGUAUUUUAACAGUAUUAGAGAGAGACGAUCUGCUGAAGAAAACUGAUGGAAAAAGAGUGAGGAGAUUAAAAAAUGAACUUCUGGAAAUUCAAAGAAGAGGAAACAAACGUCACCAUGUACGUCAGCAAAACUCAAAAAUUUGUGCCCGUUGCCGAAAAAGUCUGGGAUUGAUCUUUGAUCGGGGAGAUCUCUGCCAUGUCUGCCAUCAGCGGGUCUGCAAAGCAUGUCGUGUGGUUGUUAAAGAUGGCAAAUGGAAGUGUACUGUAUGUGCCAAAAUAGCACAGCUAAAGUUGACAACAGGUGAUUGGUUUUGUGAAGAACGUGGCAAACGUUUCAAGAAUGGCACUGUUCUUGGAAGUGACAUAGUCCGAAAAUCAAUUAUGAGAAAGAUACCAGCAGUAAGCAAACCUGACAGAGAUGUGGAAGAUUCAGGCAAACAACUCCCAGCAAAUGAAAAUGUGCAAAAUGGGAGUGUUCUGGAGAACAAAUCUGCAAAAGGAGAAGAUGGAAGAAGCAUUCGGUCAGAUAUUGACAACCAAAGCUUGCACAGCAAUAGGUCAAUGCCUCGUAGUGACAGGAUAAGCAAUUUAUUUGACAAAAUGACUGGAAAGAAGGCAAAAAAUGAAGAGGAUGAUGCUCAAAGCUUGCGAAGCAUGAGAUCUGAUAGGAAAGUUAAAGUGAACGUUCACUCAGAGUCAUUGCAAGCAGCUGUCACCGAACAGGAGAAUACUGACAUGAUAAGUCAAGCCAGCUUCAAAGUUGAUGUACGUUCUGAAUCCAGACCUGGUUCAUCUCUUUCUGCAAGAGGGAGUGUUGAUUCAUUGGACACUGGUGUUUCAAGUCCCAAAUCAAAAGGCAAUGCACCAUCUUCUUACCAAAGCAGCAGCAUAAAUGUCAUUGGAACGUUGCCUGCUAGGCAGAGCUCCCCAACAGCAAGUAUGCACAGUGCAGCUUCUAAUAGUCAUUCGCGAUCUGGUGUACAAAAUGGCACUAAAACAAGUUCCAGUAUUCCAGAAGACAUGUCAAAGGGGCACGAACGCAGGGCUUCUGCUACUCCUUCAUUAGUUAUAUCCAGAGCUUCCUUAUCAUCAGAGCAGAGCAAAUCUGAAUAUGAUUUAAGUGGCCACUUUACAGAAGAAAACCAGGAAAGCAUAAGCAUGAGGAGCAUAUCCGUCCCAGACUAUUUAAAUAAGGAUCCUGAAUACAUAGAUAAGAUUGAUGAAGAUUUUGAUGAUUUGGGGCCGUCAACAAAUUUGACAAAAUCAAUGAAUGCUCACACAUUAUCUGACAGGAAAUGGACCCACUUAAAUGUCCCUGAUGCAGAUGCUGAUACAAGAAGUCUUACCAGCAUAAGUCUUUAUAGUGAAACAGGAGACUAUGGAAACCUCAGGAUCACAGGCGAAAUCCUACUGAACAUUAAUUAUAGCUACAAGACUGGCGCAUUAAAUGUUGUAGUCAAGAACUGCAGAAAUUUGGCAGUUGCGGAUGAAAAGAAGAACAGAACAGACCCAUAUGUCAAAGCGUAUCUUCUCCCUGACAAGUCACGCCAAAGCAAACGCAAGACUAAAAUAAAGACAAACACAACUGAUCCAGAUUUUAAUGAAACACUCAAGUAUGUAAUCAGUCACACACAGCUGGAAACAAGAACUUUACAGCUGACCGUAUGGCACAAUGACAGGUUUGGACGUAACAGUUUCUUGGGUGAAGUAGACAUUCCCUUGGAUUCUUGCAAUUUUGAAAACCAAGAAGAUGAAUGUUUUCAGUUGCAACCUAAGAUGGACCUUGCCUCUGAUGUCACCUUACAGUACAAGGGAGAAAUAACAGUGGGUUUACGUUAUAUUACUCCUGAGAAAAACCUGACUCUUCCAUUAGAUAAAGUUGCAGAGAAAAAAAGUUUUAGAAAAUCAAAGAAAGCAAAUGUUAAAGUGCCAAGUGGAGGACUAGUAGAAGUGCUCAUAAAAAAUGCCAAAAAUUUAACAGCAAUGAAAUCUGGGGGUUCUUCGGACACAUUUGUCAAAGGAUAUCUGCUGCCAGAUAACAAUAAAUCAACAAAGCACAAAACACCAGUAGUAAAAAAAACUGUUAACCCAGAGUGGAAUCACACGUUUACCUUCGCUAGUCUCCAGACAUCUGACUUAUCGAAUGUCUGUGUAGAACUGACGGUUUGGGGCAAGGAGUCUUUGACUAGUAAUGUUUUUCUUGGAGGAGUCUGCUUGGGGUGCGGCAGUGGUGUAAGUUAUGGUGAUAUUGUAGACUGGAUGGAUUCUCAUGGGGAAGAACAAUUUUUAUGGCAAAAGAUGAUGGAUAAUCCAGGAACUAUGGUUGAGGCAACACUAAUGCUCCGGCCGACCAUGGCAAAAAAGAAAUACAGUAGUGUAAAGGCAUAGACACCCAGCCUAAAAUACUGUAACUGAUUACAGUUUGAACGAUAAGGCCUUUGUUGGAAGACUUGUUUACAUUUUUGGCUCUGCUGUUAGUACUGUAAUUAAGCACAUUUUUAGGUAGACACACGGGACAUGUAUAAUACUGCCAGUAACAUUUUUCGCUAACCCAGUGUGUUGCAGGAAUAUACAGCAUCCCUACCUUGCAUAUACCACUCUGCUUAAUAAUAUCUUAAUAAGCCUUUAUAAAGCCAUUAGCAUGGAGUUUCACCCACAUAUGCUUACUAAUAUCUUAAUUAGCCUUUAUAAAGCCAUUAGUAUGGAGUUUCACACACAGUGACAAAUUGCUCAUACUAGAAUUCAUAGCAUUACUGUGCAACAGAAAACUCUGAAAGGCAAAUUAAUCUUUAAUGGCAUGAAAACGAAGGAACCUGGAACAAUAUAAAAGACAUGUAUUAUACUUGUUGGCCAGUGUUGGUUCGUGCAUUUUGAUUGAAACAUUUGCAUUUGCCUUGGGUUCGGCAUUUCAUAAAGCAUUGUAAAAAUGUAUGUCACCCUAUAAGUUAAUAUAUAGACACCUAUACAAAACAUUAAAGGGACAGUAUACCUAGUUGUUCAACUUGAGGUAAAAAAAUAGGGCUUUUGCUGAACAUGUGUUUGCCUGUUGUUUAAUUUUGACCCAAGGCUACUGCCACACAGGGAUAAUUUGUGGCCUGUGAAAAAACCCUGGUCAAGAAUCAGCCCCUACUCUGGCAUCAGCCUUCCCCCUUACCUGCAUCCAGAACUAUUGUCGGCCCAGGUGCAGACACGCAGCAGAUUUCAGUAUGGAAUUGCAUACUCACGUGUUUCCUCGCUGAAAUCCACAGUAUGUGCUUUCACCUGGCAAGUGCAAUGGUUCCGGGUACAGGCAAAUAAGAAGGCUGAUGCCAGAUUAGUGGCGGAUUUUUGGCCUGUAUAUGGACACAGGCCAAGAAUGUGAAAUUAGUCUUAACAAAUAGAUGGAACCUACACUAUGUGAGAUACUGUAGAUGAUUAGAUUACCAAUGCACAAAUAAUCCCCCCUGCUUAUCUGUAAGCCAAAACAGUAGUAAUUAUCUACCUUAAAAAAUAGAUAGUCCUCGGGAGCACUUUCCUUUCAGCUUCACAUGUGCUACACGCAGACUGGAUCCCAGACGGCCACAACACCAGAAAAAAAAUAGAAAAGUAGUGGAGCACCAAAGGGAACUGAAUUAAAAAGCAGUCUUUAUUCGAUCAUGUAUAGAAAGCCCACAUGUACAUUCAUAGGACCUACGGAUGUACAUGUACACAUGGGCUUUCUAUACAUGAUUGAAUAAUUCAGUUCCUUUUGGUGUUUAGCUACUUUUCUAAUUAUCUACCUUGCAAGGACCAAACACAAAGAUACUUCAGUCUCCCUGUUUGCCAUGUUUAGAUCAAGGAUUUAAACAAUAACUCAUGUUGAACAACAGUAUAUUCUGCCCAUUUAAGAUGGUUUGAUGUUUCUGUGAUUAUAACAGGAAUAAAAGUAUAACAGACAAA